AUUAAUCGAAAAUUUUCAGUUUCAGUCAUGCCUCACUACAAACUAAUCGAUUAUAGUUAUCCAACUUCUGGAGAAUUGGCUCGACUCAUAUUUCAAUACAAAGACAUUCAAUACGAAGAUGAAAAAGUUGAAUCACCGGACAGAAUUUAUGAAGCAGAAGAAGAAUCACCGUUCGGCUAUUUACCUGUUCUGUUGGUGGAUGGAAAACAUGUCGCUCAAGGACAAGGCAUUACAAGAUAUCUCGCAAGAGAAUUCGACUUAGUGGGCAAAACUAAUGAAGAGGCAGCAAUUUGUGACAUGAUCAUGGAUGGUUUAGGAGUGAUGUUCGCCAAGAUGAGAAACAUACACGUUGCUAGUUUAGAUAUAAAACAACAGGUAGCUUUAUUGAAAGAAAUGAUGGAAGAGGAUGUACCCCGAUAUUUAACUAAAUAUGAGAAAUUCCUUGAAAGAUCCAGCAGUGCGAAUGGUUUUUUUGCCAGUGAACAACUCACAUGGUGUGAUCUUGGAGUUGGACUGACUUUAGCCGGCUUGCAAAUCCGACAGCCAAAGUUACUGGAUAACAAUCCACGACUAAAAGCUUUUGUUCAAAAAGUUUCUUCAAAUCCAGUAGUUGAAGAUUUCAUACAGUCUGAAUUGGCUCAAUCAGUAAUUAUCAGAAAAAACAGCAUGUGAUGUUAUUCUAAAUAAAAUUCUCUAAUUCUCUGUUUUUAACUUAGUUUUCAACGGUGUCUUUAGUUUUCAAAUUUAAUUCAAUAAAAACAAAUUUCACUGUUA